AUGUUCAAGAAAGGUGCUUUAACCAUAUCAAUGUUCUCAAAUUCUACAAUGUUGGUUGGGUUAUGCCGUCCACGGAGGCGGCUCCGGCGACGGAGAGGGAGCAGCAUCCGGCUAGGGAACAAGAGACGAGGGUUUUGCCUUGGAUCACGUCCAGUGGUACAAUGGGGUGUCAUGGCUCCUCUUCGCAUGUUGAAGAAGAUCAUUAUGGAAAUUACACCAAAGGGAAAUUGGAUAGAGGCUUAUUGUUGGUCUCUGCCUCUUCUGCGUCCCCAACUAUUUCCGCUUUGUUGA